AGCGGAAGCAGAAGCGGGGGCGGGGCGGGCUGGAGCCCCGGGCGCCUCGGCUCCCGCGAGAACGAUGUCCGCCUCGCUGGACCUGAAGUCGAGGGAGGAGAAGGACGCGGAGCUGGACAAGCGCAUCGAGGCCCUGCGGCGCAAGAACCAGGCGCUGAUCAAGCGCUACCAGGAGAUCGAGGAGGACCGCCGGAAGGCCGAGCGGGAGGGCGUCGCGGUGACCGGAGCGCGGAGGACCCGCCCCGCGGAGGCCCCUGCGCAGCCCGAGAGGCGGCGGGCGGAGGCCGAGGCUGCCAGGCUCGCGGGGCAGGUCCCGUCGGCGCCCGAGGACACGCGGGUGCUCGGCCGCGAGAGGAAGCCCGCUACCAGGGGGUCCCGAGGCGGGGCCCCGCCCGGAGGUCGCCCCCUGCGCGCGGACGCCGGCCGGGAAGGGACGGGCGCGGAUUCCUCGGGCGGCGGGCCGCGAGGCCGAGGCGGGCGCGGGCGGCGGCCCCGGGGACGAGGGGGUCCGGCGGGAGAGCCGGGCCCCGACAGGCGCUCCCAGGUAAGGCGGCGGGAGGCCGAGCGGCGGGCCGCCGGCAGCGAAGGGGCGCUUGCAGGGCCUCUUUUCCCCCCGCAGGAGUGGGAGGAGCGGCGCCGGAGGAAUAUCGAGAAGAUGAACGAGGAGAUGGAGAAGAUCGCCGAGUACGAGCGUGGCCAGCGCGACGGGCUGCAAGAGAAGAACCCUGUCCGCAACUUUCUGGAUGACCCGCGGCGCAGUGGCCCCUUCUCUGAGGUGAACCGGCGGGAGGGGAGCCGGCGCCACAUCCGUAACUGGGGGGGUGCUGACUUCGAUAAGGUCAAGACAGGCUUGGAGCAAGGCAAAGAGCAGGCCUCUCUGGGCCGGGGCAGUGGCCGCCACAGGGGCCUCACGACCUUGGAUAUGACGCUUUCUAUGACUGGCCGGGAACGGGCUGAGUAUACCCGCUGGAAGCAGGAGCGGGACCAGAUUGACAGGGAGCGAUUGGCCCGACACCGCCAGCCCACGGGGGAGUGGCGCCGAGAAUGGGAUGCUGAGAAGACAGAUCCUGCGCUGAAAGGGGGCCAUGAGCCUGGAGGCUCACCUGGUGACAAGCAGGAACGUCCUCAGCGCCCUCCCAAACGGCCCACUUUUGGGGAGUUCCUGUCUGGGCCGCCUGGGGACAGGCACUGGAAGAUCCGAGGCUGUGGCCGCCCACGAGGGAGAUCUUCCGGGCCCUACAGCAUGCACGACAAUCGGUGGGAGAGGGAGGAGCCAGACCAGACGCCGCUUGCACCUGCGGGGGAGGACAAGGCGGGCGUUGCCCCGGUGCUGCAGGCAAAGCCACAAGUAGCAACGGCAGCAGAGGAGGAAGAGGAAGAGGACGAGUGGGAGGAUGUCAGUGGGGAGGAGGAGGAGGAGGAAGAAGUCGAAGCUAACGGCAGCCGGGAUUCUUCCUUGGAGGAGGACAGGCCUCCCCCUUCCUGCUCCCUCCUGCCCCCAGGGGAGCCCGGGCAGCUGUCCACAGUUCCGACUGCUUCACCUCAGGAGGCUCCAGGCAUGGGGGGGGUGCCCCUGACCCCCUUGGGGCCAUCAGAGGGAUACCAGCCUGUGUCUGACUGGGGUGAAGAGAUGGAGAUGCGCUCCCCUCGGGCCAGCAGCAUCAGCAGCCACCAAAACCCCUUGGAUGCGCCCACGGAGGAAUUACCUGCUGGGGCUGCUGGUAAAGGACAAAUGUGGGCUAUAGGGAGUGGGUGGCUCCUGAGGCAACGGGGGGAGGGGCAUAUCUCAUCACAUGUUGCUGCUCAGAGCUGUUGCCUUUCUUCCCUUCUUGCAGGAGUGGAUCCCCCAGUACUGUUGGCAAUGCAUGGAUCUCUUCCUGUGGAACCCCCAGCAGGAGGGGCAGCUUCUCCUGCACAUAGAGCCCAGGAAGCAGAGAUAAAAAUGGAUUCAGAAGUGCCUGGACCCAAAGAGGUGGCUGGCUGAGCAAGAUGGAAGAAAAGGGAGCAGCUGGAGAUUGACGUGCCUGAGGCCAUAUCCUGAUGCUUCUUUUCCAGGGCUGGUGGGAAUGCAGCUGGCAGCCUGCCGAGAACUGAACCAGACCAACUUCUUCGUUGGAGCUGCUGGACACAGUUGUGACACACACGUGCAUUCUGCAUGCUUCUGUCACUCUCGAACAGUCUCCAGAGUUGGGGCCAAGUCAGCCUUCUGCCCCCCUCCCCCAGUCACCUUUUAGUGCUCUUAACAUAAAUCAUGGACAGGCAGGGCCUGCAGUCCUGCAUACCAAACCUUUUGCAGUCACCCUCAGAUCGGAAAGGUGUUGUCUUCUCUCCAGCCCAGUCCUGCUGGCCUGUUAUCUGUGUGUCUGGCAGGAGUGAUCUGGGCUGCAGGAGAGAGGGAGAGGGCCCUUCUUGUCACUGGGUUAAGAGGUUGGCUUUUCCAUAUCAUGUACUAAGUAAAUAGUUUCCUGACAAUAAA